AGCAAGUUAGGUUGCAUGAGCGCAUACCUGCACUUGCACAAACAAAGAAAAGAGGCAGUGGAGUCUGCAUAAAGGCUGCAGAUUGUAUUAUUGUGGCUAUCAUGGUUCAUGGGAAGAAGUUGGCCAAGGAUCUGCUGCUGCCGUCUGUGGUGGAAGACGAUGACGCAGACACAGAGAGAGCCGAGCUGCAGCCAGAGGAGGAGCAAAAAUGGAGUCAGACAGGGGUGGAUGUGCAUGAACCAGAAGAUCAACACUCAUAUCCUGAUGGACACGGCGCAGAUGGAGGAGAGACCGACUGUGGAGGGGAGCGCCAGACCUCCGAUGAGGCCUAUGACACAGAUUUGGAGCUCGGAGGUGAGGAGGAGCAGUACGAUCCGACGGGGCAGACGUGCUACAGAAAGGCCUGUGAAAUGUUACAGGUGGUGCCUGUUUCUCACUUCCUGAAGCAUAUGCAAUGUAGCGAGUUGGAUCUGAUGCACCGUGGGCUGGGGCCUCAGGGCACCAAAGCACUGGCGGUUCCCCUGGUAACCAACACUUCAGUCCUGCGGCUGAACCUGAGAGAUAAUUGGAUGGAAGGAAUGGGCGGAGCUGCCAUAGCCAAGAUGUUAAAGGAAAACUGUUACAUUACAGAAGUGGACCUGUCGGAUAAUAACCUUGGUGAUGAUGGAGCCAGAGCCAUGGCCGGUAUGCUGAAGGAGAACAACACCCUGUUGAGUCUCAGCCUGUCAGGAAACCGCUUCACUGACCGCUGCUCUGAAGACCUCGGCUCAGCGCUGGUCGCUAACUCACGGCUGCAGCACCUCGACCUCAGCUACAACGCUCUGGGGGAGCUCGCAGGACAGACGCUGGGAGACUCCCUGUCAGAGAACAUGGGGCUGAGAUCUCUAAGCCUGGCAUGGAAUUGCAUUCGAGGCAGAGGAGCGUUGAUGUUGGCCAAUGGCCUUGGGGGUAAUGUUUUCCUCAGGAAGUUGGACCUGUCUUUUAACGGCCUGGCGAGAGAGGGAGCGUUGGCCUUGGGGCAGACUCUCAGGGACAACAACGUGUUGGAGGAGUUGAACGUGAGUAACAACCGAAUACCCCCUGAAGGAGCCAUCCGCCUCGCUAUGGGCCUCAAAGCAAACAAGACAAUCAAAUCUCUGAAUAUCAGUCGGAACCCCAUCCUGAGCGCUGGCUGUUAUGGGAUCCUCCAGUCCAUGCAGGACAACCCAAACUCAGCCUUGGAAGUAUUGGACUUUUCUGACAUCACAGUGAACCAAGAUUUUGAAGACUUGUAUUUAUCCGUGAAAGAGACAUUCCCAGCGCUCCAAGUCAAUCACGGGGCAAAGUUGGCACAUUCAGAAGUGUGAACAUUUUACUGUAAUUGCUGUACUUUCAUCCCAGUGCUGGAAGAUGGAAGAAAUCUUGUCAAAGGCUUGUGGACAUUUUCACGAUACUUGCAAAAAUGGUUUUUCAUAAAAAGCAUGUCUUU